CUCGCCCAGUAUAUAUAUUCCUGGGAUCUGCCUCCGCUCAUAUCAGAUAAUUUCAUCGAAAACAGUCUGAUAAUUUUAGAGAGAGAAAUCGGAGCUACGAAUUAUUAAAACUUGGUAAUCGGAUUAACUAUUUCAAUCUGCGAGUCGAAGAAAUCGAAUCAAUUUAGUAAAGGAACCGGGAAAAAGGUUGAAUGUUUAAUCAUUUUUUCUCCUUUUUUUUUGUUUAUUUAAAUCUUAAGGGUUUUCAAUCGGUAACAUCUGGAUUCUGGUGCUGGAACUCUAUAAAAUUCCUCAAUAUUUUCUGGAUUUUCGGAGGCAUAAAUUUAUGUCGAUAGAAGCGAGAUGUUACGAUUGUUAAACUUUUCGCAUCUGUUAAUCUAACCGCGGUCCGUUUUUGCGGUAUUUUCCGAUCGUUACGAUUGUGGUUUAUUUAAAUUUUGAGUUCUUAACAUAUCUCAAAAAAUUUGAAAUCCAGAAGGGAGAUGAACGAACAGCAAACAGCGUCGAUGAUGAAUCAACAGCAGCAGCUGCAACAGCAUAUGAUGUGUAUGAGUCAGGGCCAGAUGAUGAAUAUGAACCCCCGUCAGCAGAUGCAGCAGCCUCCUAUGAUGAAUCGGAAGUACGGAGUAUGGCCACAGCCUCCUCAAAUUGUGGAUCAGUCUCAGAUGCAGUUCAACCCUGGUGCUAUGAAUCAUCAGGGGUUUAUGAAUGGGAAGCAACAAAAACCUUUAGGACCUAGGAAUACCUGGAAGGGGAAAAAGGCGAUUAAGAAUGAUAACAGAAUGGAUGGAGGUAGAAGGAAGGAGAAGUCUCUGAUGGUUGGUAUUGGUGGACUUGGAACCGGUGGUGUGAAUGGAGGAUCUGUUGGUGGUGCAUCUGCUCCAGGGACUUAUCAACCUCCUACUCUUAAUGAACUACAAUGGCAGAAUCGGGUUAAAGCAAGAAAGUUUUUUCACAAAAAGAAGAUUAACAAUUACAAUAAUAACUACUACAACAACAAUAAUAACAGUGGUAACAAUAGGAAGGCUCCAUUUGCUCCGAGGAACACAACAUCUUUCCUCAUAAGGGCAAAGAAGAGUGGUGGGAUUGCUUCACUGGUAUCACCUUGUCCUGUCACUCCAGCUGUGUUGCCCACACCUAUCCUCUCUCCAUCUAGGGAAGUCUUGGUGGAUAUGGCAAAAGAGGAGUGGGGAGUGGAUGGGUAUGGAUCGAUGAAGGGUUUGAUUAGACUGAGGUCUCCUGGUCUGGAGAUAGAUGAUGAUGAAGAUCAGGGAGGAGGAGGGUCAAGUGAAAGUGAUGUUGAGGAACACGUGGAGGUGGAGAGAAGGUUGGACCAUGACUUGAGCCGGUUUGAGAUGAUUUAUCCCAACUGCGGGAUGGACUACAAUAAUAAUAUUUUGGAAAACCGUGUUGAUGAUCAGGACUCUCACAUUGCUCACCUUGAGGAAGAGAACCUGAUUCUGAAGGAGAGGUUGUUCUUGAUGGAGAGGGAGCUGGGUGAUCUUAGGAGGAGAUUGCAUAGUCUUGAAAGGAAAAAUCACAGAGAAGGAGAGGAGAAUGAAGUGGUAAUGGAGAAUGAGUCUGAAAAUGACAGUGCAAGUCAUGAAGACACAAAUUCCAUUGGGGAUAACAAUAACCUGGAAGUGGUUGUAGAAAACAACAUGGAAGGAGAUGAUAAUGUGAAAGGGAAAUUAGAUACCACUGAUAGUGAUAUCAAAUUGGCCAAGAGAGGGGAAGCUGAUGUGAUGGAAACUGAAACUCUGAACUAUGAGACAGUUGAACUUGCUAAGACUGAAGAAGUUGUAAGAGAAUGUAAGGGAAAGGAGCUGGAAGGAGAUGAUUUGAAUGGGAAAUUAGAUGCCCAUGGUGAUAGGGAUAUUCAAUUGGCUAAGAAAGAGGAAACCGGUUUGAUGAUAGAAACUGAAAGUUGGACUCAGGAGAUGCCUAAAGUUCCUAAGACUGGAGAAGUUACCAAAGAAUGUGGGAGAAAGACGAAUGAGGAGGAUUUUGAAGGAAAAGCAUUUGGGGAAAAACAGGAUAAUCAAGUGAAGAAAGGCAAUGAUUUUGACGGGGAAGAAGUGAACAAGCAUCUGGAUAUUGAAGCAAAGAAAGAUGAUGUUGAACUGAAGGAACAUGUGGUUUUGGAUGUACCUGAGAAGCAGCAUGAUACUGAAAUACAGGAUAACUGCAAAGCUCAAGCAUCAGAUUGUAUAGAUAUUGGGGGUGAUGUUAAUUUGGUGGAAACUUGUCAAGCUGAUGAUGAGAAAAAAGUCCCGAAGAAUUAGAGGGAGGGAAAUGAACUGGCCGUGGUGACUGUUACUGUCCCACGUUAAUGUCUAUUCCCUUAAAAUCUCUCAAUUCUAGUUCAUAUCACCACUCACUAUUAAGGUUUUACAAAAUGUUGGUAGUGUGGCUGUGUAUUUUAAAAUGAAAAGGUCACAGAAAGUUUUUUUUCCUUUCCUGUCUAACUGUCAGUAUUAAAUAUGGGAGUCUCUUAUGACCAAGGUAUUUGAAUACAAAAAUGUCAUUGGUUUUGUCUUCUUUCUUAAGAUUGUGUUUCUGGCUUGUAGAUCUUGGGUUUCUUUUACUCUACCUUAUUCUUGAACUGUUUCUAGCACAUUCAAGAGUACAUUUAGUAAAUCUUAUGAUAGUGAACACAUGUAUUUGCAUUGUUUAAUGUGUUUAUGUGCGUGUCUUUGCUGAAGCCUAC